AUGGUAGUUGCGUCUCUAAUUAUUACCGGCAUCGUUAACGCCUUCUCAUCUUUUUUUGCCAUAACGCUGAAUAUUUUAACAAUACUCGCGCUGAGGAAAACUCCAUCGUUACCAAAGCCCAUGAAAGUGUUGCUACUGAGUCUAGCUGUUUCUGAUCUCGGUGUUGGCUUACUGGUGCAACCAUUGUUUAUUGCACUCAUCAGCAUGGACAUGCAACAAGAGUCCAGCAACUCUGUGCUCAGAAUAUUUCAUAUCACUGGCACAUUUUUUUCGUAUGCUUCCUUCUUCGGCAUCACAGCUCUAAGUUUGGACAGAUUUUUGGCAAUUCAUCUUCAUCUCAGAUACCAGGAACUGGUAACUCACAAGCGUGUCGCUGCUUUGGUGAUUGCCAUUUGGGUGACGAGUACAAUCCUCGCCUUACUUGUGUUCUUUUUUCAGAAUAUUACGUUUAUAGUUCUAGCUGUAAUCGUCGUUUUCUGUUUUCUGUCUACAACAUUUUACUACAUUAAUAUAUUUUUAGCUGUUCAACGCCACAAAAAUCAAAUGCGAUCCACCAAAGCAGAUGCACACCAAGCAACCGCGGACAGUGAGAACGGAAAAGAUGAUUUUACAAGGUUAAGAAAAUCUGCUGUUGGUACAUUCUACGUCUAUCUUGUGUUUUUGGUGUGUUACACACCAGACUUUUGCAUUAUCGUUGCCGAUGUAAUAAACUCUGGUCAAAGAAGUACUUUUGUAAAGCAUCUGGCUUUCUUCACCUUAUCGCUAGUAUUUGUAAAUUCGUCUUUCAAUCCUUUGAUUUACUGUUGGAAGAUGAGAAACAUUAGACACGCCAUUACUGUGAUAAUUCGUAACAUACGCCAGUGUAACAAAUAA